ACAGUGUGCACGUCGUCCGCUGGGGUGCGAUGCGCGCGCCCGCCAGCAAUCGUGCGCGGCGCCGUUGCUGCGGAAUUGACGGGGCUGCCGUCGGCGCGCGAGCGGAUACGGAGACCCACCUAGAAAAUAAUGAACAACAAAUUUGACGCCCUGAAAGAUGAUGACAGUGGAGACCAUGACCAGGAAAACAACGCACCGAAAGAUGGGGAGAAGGAAAAAAAUGAUGACGAGGAGAAGGAUUCAAACACUAAGAGAAAGGCGGUGGUCCCAGGGGCCGGUGAGCACCCUCUCCAAUACAACUACACAUUUUGGUAUUCUCGCCGUACACCAGGACGGCCGGCCAGCACGCAGAGCUACGAACAGAAUAUCAAACAAAUCGGGAGCUUUGCUUCGGUGGAGCAGUUCUGGCGUUUUUAUAGUCACAUGAUCAGACCGGGCGAUCUGACUGGUCACAGUGAUUUUCAUCUGUUUAAAGAAGGAAUCAAGCCCAUGUGGGAGGAUGAUGCUAAUAAGAGUGGAGGUAAAUGGAUCAUUCGGCUUCGUAAAGGUCUGGCGUCUCGCUGCUGGGAGAAUCUGAUCUUGGCAAUGCUGGGGGAACAAUUUAUGGUAGGAGAGGAGAUCUGUGGAGCUGUCGUGUCCGUUCGCUUUCAGGAGGAUAUUAUUUCUAUCUGGAAUAAGACGGCCAGCGAUCAGGCCACCACUGCUCGCAUUAGAGACACUUUACGCAGAGUUCUCAAUCUGCCUCCUAAUACCAUAAUGGAGUAUAAAACACACACCGACAGUAUCAAAGCCUGGGAGGAUUUCCAUGGUUUAGUAAAUGCAGCUGGAGGUCGCUAGUGUUUUAUCCUAAAUAUUAUGGGGAUAAUAUUCCCAAAGAAGACGACAUGCCAAAAGACGAUGACCUGAUAAUUGAUUUUCUGUUGAAAAAAACAAAACAAGGGAUCUCGUCAGCAUGAGAGGUUUUACCACCAAAAGCAGGUGGAUUCUGUUUUAUCACAUUACCUGAAAGCUGUUACACAAGAAAGAACCAAAUCAUCGAAAUGCAAAAGAGUUUAUCGGCUGAACCAAGAGGUUGACAUAUCAGAGAAAAGUGGGUGGAGCCAGUGGGACCACGGAGCUCAGCCGCUGUGAUCUGAACUACAUGCUGGGAACUGCCACGGUUGUCCAAAUAAAAUUACACACCAUUGUGUAGUACAGACACGCUUACCCAAAUUUGAAUAAUGCAGUGUCUAAAAAAAAGAUGGACUGAGCAGAAAGACUUUUGUUUAGGUCAUGUGAGGUCACGGGUUGAUGGGAAUAUUUUACUACAGUGCAGUAUUUUAGCUACAGUGUUGAGAUUUGUUUUAACGUAGAUCUGUUGUACAAAAAAUGAGUUAUAUUUCUAAACCUAUUUGAAAAGAUAUAAAAUGGAGACUUUAUUUCUUGUUGAUAAGAGUGUAAACCCAAAAACAGAGCCCUCCCUGAGGUGAGUACCAUGGUGGGUACCAUGCUGCCUGAUUCACUGUGCCUGGCCUUCAGGCCUUCGCCUCCAACAAAACGGAUUUUCAAAAUCACUCUACAUCCUGGCAUUUUGCUGGGGGGAGGCGUCACUAGAUGUGUCGUGUGAUGUCAUCGCUCUAGCGUUCUUUUAAUAGAAGUCCUGGUUUCAGAAUCGACAGAAAUCAAACUGUUUUUUUCAUGGAUAUGUAGUGUUAACACUGAUGUGAAGUUAAUGGGGGCUCUAGUAUCAAUACUGCCUGAAAUUCAGUGCUGGUGCUGGAUAACGUUGUAUUUGCGGUACAAAAAAAGAGAACAUGUGGUUUGUAAUUAUGAUUGAUGACAGCAAUAAAUGUUGAUUAUGCAUCUGCUGCUAAUUUUCA